CUGAGAGACUCACCUGAGCACCUGCCGUACCUGUCCGCUCAGUGUUGUGGAGCAGCAGCGUGUAGACCUGCUGCCAUGGCGAUGUCUCAGUUAGAGUGCCUGGACGAGGGGCACGUUAACGAGAAGAUCCCGGAGAGCAGACCGGACUUCUACUACAGCGAGGAGCAGCGGGCGGCUCUGGAGCAGCUCCUGAGGAACGGAGACGGAGCCUUCAAGAUGCGCCUCAAGGAGGACAACAUCAAGGACUUCCUCUGCGCCCGGGAGGUCGGGAUGAUCCGGGACACGUUCCGGGAGUGCGACACGGACAGCGACUCCGAGUCCGGAGAGCAGGAGAAGAGUAAAGGCUCCUCUAGUGCGGACUCCGGAGUCCACUCCACGUACUGGCCCCAGAUGUCCGACACGGAGGUCCCGACUCUGGACAUCGGCUGGCCGGGCAGCAGCGGGGUCUACAAGGGGGUGACCCGGGUCUCCGUGUUCUCACAUCCUCCCAAAGAGCCAGGGCCACACAUCAAGGAGGUGGUGAGGAGGCUCAUACAGGAGGCACACAAGGUGGUGGCCAUCGUCAUGGACCUCCUGACUGACCUGCAGAUCCUCCAGGACCUGCUGGAUGCCUCGUCGCGGCGCGGCGUGGCUGUCUACGCUUUGCUGGACGCCAGGGGCGUGCCCCACUUCCUGGAUAUGUGCACUCGGCUGCAGAUUAAUGCAGUGCAUCUGCGGAAUCUGCGUGUGCGGACGGUGGGAGGUUCAGGGCUGGCCCUGUCGUUUGGAAAGCUGCCCGGGUCCCUGUGCUCUAAAUACAUGCUGGUGGAUGGAGAGAAAGUCAUGUUUGGGUCGUACAGCUUCACCUGGUGUUCCUCUCGGAUGGACAGGAACACGAUCACCGUGAUGUCGGGACAGAUCGUGGACUCCUUCGACAAUGACUUCAGGGAAUUGUACGCCGUGUCUGAAGAGGUGGACCUCUACAGGGAGUUCAACAUCACCAAGCCGCCUAUUGCUACGCCCAUCAGGAAGCCAAAGGUGGAGAAUAUCCAGCCUCUGCCCGUCUCCACAUCUCGCUUUCAAGUAUCUGCCGGGGACUGUAGACAGGUACCUGCACAUAAAUACCACAAUCCUAAGUACUCUUUAGUUUUUGGGAACAGUACAGGCCUCACAGGUUCCCUACAAGACCUGUCGACCCACAACAACUCGCUGGUUGGCGGGCUGAACCAAAGGAGCGGCCUACAGAACAACAUCCUUCAUGCCGGCAGGACCGGCAAGGACAAGGUGGACCGAGUCCCCCCUCAGAGUCCUGGUUUACCCGCAGAGGAGGAGGAUGAUGAUGGAAAGGGAGACGUGAAGAAGAACCAGGUCUUUGGAGCGAAAAAACAACGCAGCUCGUUCAAGCACUUCCUGAAAGGCAGAGGAGCCAAUCAGAGCACAGAGACUAUAGAGGAAGGCGUGGUCACUCCUCAGAAACCCUCCCCCACCUAUAAGGUGUCAGAGACCAAUGGCGUCGCAGGAAUUGAGUUGGAGGACUCGUUUGAGAUCAUUGAGAAACCAGGUCUACUGAAAUCCAUAAUCAAGAAGCCCUCAAAGGUCAUUCAGAGAAGUAUGUCUCUGCAGACCUUAAACACCGGAGACGACGACGGAUCCAAAAGCCGGCGGCGUCAAAAGAAGAACUGCAUCCAGUCAUGAGAUCAGACACAACAGGACAGACUGAGGUUAUAAAGAGUUACGUAUAAAGAGCAGCGGCGGAUCUCAUGAGUCACAGUGUCACCUCACUGUAACCAGGUGACUUUAGUGUCUCUGGUCUGUUACACUGCUUCAGGUGAAAGUCCUCAUGGGAGUGACCACCGAUGAGAUGUUUAACUAAUCAUGUGAGGAAAAAGCUCCUCCAGAGAAUCUCAACACUGAAGCCAAAGUGCUGACGGAGGGAGGUUUCGCCAUUUUUUUCUACGUUAUUUUUGUAUUAAAUUAUUCCACAGUUAAAUGUUUUUAUACUUUAUGCUCGAAACCUGAACACCACAGAGCAGCCCAACGCUGUGUCACCCAGGUAGAGUGGGUGGAUUACAUCACUCCUGGUCUCUAUGGAGACGGUAGAGGUGAUGAGUAGUGCCGUUUGUCCCUGAGUGUCGCCUUACAGAGGACCGUUGGUAACAGAGUAAGUGUUCAUCAGACUGUGUUGUACAGGCUGUGAAUAAUGUACACAGUCCUGCCGUGUUUCUGCACACCGUCCGAGGACUUUGUAUGUUUACACUGCGGGUGAUUCAGGUGAAUCUGGCACAGAUUAAAAUGUGAAUCCUUGAGAACCACUCGAGACGAAUUAAUCCUAAUUUUGUAGCAGAAAUUGAAUAAAAGACAUGAAAUAUCAGAUUAGAAAACUGGUGUGUGUGAUUAAAAUGUCAGUUAAAAUUCAGACUUUUACAACAAGCCAAAUAUCUUUUAAUUCAUUUUGUACAAUGUGAAGCAGAAAUUAACCAAAAGUCAACAUUCAGGUACAUUAGAAACAGGUUUACUGGUCUCCCUGAAGAGAAAAGACUGUGUUAUUUGAUUAAGACUGAAGACGAAGUCUAGUUCCUGUUUUAUUGUUCAUUGUAUGAUGAUUUAAGUGCUAUUUUUUUUAGUAAAAUGUCCUUAAUGUCU